CAAAGCCAAGCCUCCUCUUCUCCCUCUUCAAUCGCCAUGCUCCCUGUCUCCCGCUGCUGUCUCUCAAAUCGAUUGCCGGUCUCAGUUUCUUUGUUCCUUCCUUCGAUCUAAUUACCGGUUGUACCGGAAAUACGGUACAACCGGCGGUAAGGUAAAAUUUGCGGCGGCAAGGCGAUUCAACAGCCGGAAUGUACUCUCCCAUCUGGAAAUAGUCGCAAGCAGAAGCUCAGAACCAAGAUAGAGUAGCGUAGUUCAAUCAGCUAUAUGCAAGGUACUGAUGGCAGAAGAGGAAGCAUUCGAGGAAGUGCCCAUGAGCAAUGCUCUUAGCAAGAAGUUGAGAAACAAGCUUCAGAGCAUCAAUGAAGAGGAUGUCAGCUCUCCCAUUGAAGCUAAGGAAAUGUUUAGACGACGCGUUAAUCGAGUACUAAUGGCUUUCGAUGUGAAUAAACGACUAGAUAUUAGCAAUGAGGGGCAUUACAUUGCCAAGGUUGUCAGAAAAAGGGUCAGAAAGCAACAUCGAAGACGUCUGCAAGCUCCACUGAACCAAGAAGCAGAAGCAGAAGCACUUAGGGCUCAGCUAGCAAAGCUUCAGGCUGAGCUACAAAAAGAGGCUAGAAAUGCACGUAGGUCUGCUCGUGCUGAAAAAUCGAGUGAUCAGGCUCUCCGGAGGAUGAGGGCGCUUGAUGGGCGUAUAAAUGACGAGCGUACACGUCAGAAUGUUGGAGGGCACACUUUGAGAGAGAAUUCGUUGAGAAUGCAAGCUCUAGAGAACCAAGAAGCAGAAGCCGAAGCACUUAGGGCUCAGCUAGAAAAGCGUCAGGCUGAGCUACAAGAAAAGGCUAGAAAUGAAUUUAGUGCUCCUCCACAGAACCAAGAAGCAGAAGCAGAAGCAGAAACACUUAGGGCUCAGCUAGAAAAGCGACAGGCUGAGCUACAAGAAAAGGCUGGAAAUGAAUUUAGGGCUCCUCCACAGAACCAAGAAGCAGAAGUAGAAGUAGUAGCACUUAGGGCUCAGCUAGCAACGCAUCAGGCUGAGCUACAAGAAAAGGCUACAAAUGAAUUUAGUGCUACUGCACAGAACCAUGAAACUGAAGCACUUAGGGCUGAGCUAGCAAAGGGUCAGGCUGAGGAGCAAGAACAACAACAACAACAACCCAGUUAAAUCCCACAAGAGUAGGGUCUGGGGAGGGUGUGUGUACGCAGACCUUGCCCCUACUCGAAAGUAGAGAGGCUGUUUCCAAAGAGACCCCCGGCUCAACAUUGAAAGUUGCAUUGCUUGACUAACUGCUACUUCAUUAAUUAAAGAAGCGCAGACAGUUUAGAGAUCCAUUUUGAUUUAUUCCAUCACAUCCAAAGCCAAAAAAUGGUGAAAUUUUGGCUCCAUCGGAGAUGAUGGAAAACAGGCUGAGGAGCAAGAAAAUGCUACAAAUGAAUUUAGGGCUUCUCC